GUAUGUCAGGUGAGAAGGUCAGUCACGGAGAGAGAGAGAGAGGGGUGUCUGGACUCUGGAAGGGCCCGGGUGGUUGGUGGGGCGGAAGCUGGUAGGCGACGGCCAAAGUUGGUGAGGAUAGCAGAAGCUGCAGGGCCUCCCCCUCUUUAAAAGCCAACUUUCGUUGUGGGAAGUUCCUCUCUCUCUAUAUCUCUCUUUCCCCCCUUAGUCAUCGAGGUCUCCUCUAUCUCCGGCUUCCUUCGGUGAUCCAUGGCUGCGUCCCUGCAGACUGCUUCCAGCAACCCCUUCUUGGGCAGGUCGUCGGACUCCCGUUUGGCUACCGACGGACUCCGUCGAUUCAACGUUAGCGUAGAUCUUGGCAGGGUAUCCACCAUCCGGCCAUCUCACAAGGCUCCCCCAAGAAGGCUUGAGGUACAUGCUGGAACUGGAAGUUCAUUCGGAGCAUUAUUUCGUGUUACAACAUUUGGAGAAUCACAUGGAGGUGGUGUUGGAUGUGUUAUUGAUGGAUGCCCUCCCCGCAUCCCUCUUUCUGAAGCUGACAUGCAGGUGGAACUUGAUAGGAGGAGGCCAGGACAGAGCAGAAUAACCACUCCUAGAAAAGAGACUGACACAUGCCGUAUCGUUUCAGGAAUUUCUGAAGGGAUGACUACUGGAACAUCAAUUGCUGUCCUUGUUCCAAAUACAGAUCAAAGAGGGCAUGAUUACAGGGAGAUGUCCCUGGCCUACAGACCUUCUCAUGCUGAUGCAACAUAUGAUUUUAAAUAUGGUGUCAGAUCCGUGCAGGGUGGUGGUAGGUCAUCUGCUAGGGAAACCAUUGGAAGGGUCGCAGCUGGGGCUGUUGCCAAAAAGCUUCUUAAAAUGAAAUCAGGAACAGAGGUUGUUGCCUAUGUUUCACAAGUGCACAAAGUUGUGCUUCCUGAUGGAGUUGUUGAUAAUGACAUUGUCACACUGGAUCAGGUAGAAAGCAAUAUUGUUCGGUGUCCUGAUCCAGAAUAUGCUGAGAAGAUGAUUGAUGCUAUUGAUUGUGUGAGGGUUAGAGGGGAUUCUGUUGGUGGUGUUGUGACGUGCAUUCUGAGAAAUGUCCCCCGUGGGCUUGGUUCACCUGUGUUUGACAAACUGGAGGCAGAGCUUGCUAAAGCUAUGAUGUCAUUGCCUGCUACCAAGGGAUUUGAAAUUGGCAGCGGAUUUUCAGGUACUUUUAUGACUGGAAGUGAGCACAACGACGAGUUUUACAUGGAUGAGCAUGGGAGGAUCCGGACUAGGACAAACAGAUCUGGAGGAAUACAGGGUGGGAUAUCAAAUGGGGAAACUAUAACCAUGAGAAUAGCUUUCAAGCCGACUUCUACCAUUGCAAAAAAGCAAAACACAGUUACUAGGGAUAAACAUGAAACUGAGCUCUUAGCACGCGGCCGACAUGACCCAUGUGUGGUUCCUCGAGCGGUGCCGAUGGUUGAAGCUAUGGCAGCCUUGGUGGUUGUGGAUCAAUUGAUGCUCCAUUAUGCACAGUGCGAGUUAUUGCCAAUCAACCCGGAUCUCCAGGAACCUCUCUCAGUUGGACUUCUGGCAUAAAAGGAUAUGGUUCUCAAGGCAUUUUAUCUGAGAAACCUGAUGUUGGAAACAACCCAAGGCCAAUCUAGUUGUUUAUAUUUGGCAAGCUUUGCUCCUACAACAGGUCUUUGACGUUUUUUUUUCCUCUACGGAAGCUCGGCCAACAAAUCUCUUUUAAAAAAAAAAUUCCAUUUCCCCUUUCACCUCGGGUUCUACAUAAGCAUGGUAGCGACUUACACAUUAGCAGAAUCUAUUUCGGAUAUUGUAUUUUAAAACAAUUUUAAUUCCUGAAAUCUUCUGUAAAGAUAUUGGAACAUAAAUUCUUCGGUGUGCGUGGACUUGCCAA